UGGUGCCUCAUAUAACAGGAGGAGCUGUCCAAGUGCUGAAAACAGAAGCGAAUCAGCACCGUUCCUGAGGAGAUGCCAUACACCCUCACUGCUGUCUGAGCUUUAUUACCAAAGGUAAUAAAAUUGCCUAUAAUGCUGCAUUUCCAUCACAAGUUGCCCGCGGAGGGAGCCGUGGUCCUGCUCGCCUUCCUUCUCCACGGAUGCGCCGUGCACACUGCAUCUCUCCCCCGCCAAUACAGGCUCCGAGGCGGUGAGAACGAAGGGCAACCGGCUGCUUUUUCACCCAGCUCCGAUAUGAUCAAAGCUUUGGAGUACAUCGAAAACCUGAAGCAGCGAAACGGGGACCGAUCUGAGCCAGUGGAUUACGACGAAGUAGAAAAAUUCAAGAUUCUGCUUCAGCUCGCCUCGCAACAAGAUGAGGUUCCUGGGGACCGUCAGCCUGCCCCCAGCAUCCAUGAUCAGGGCAUAACCGCUGGACACUUGAUGAAGGCGAUGCUCAAGACUCUCCAGGAUCAGGCUGGGAAAGAUCCCAGGAGUGGCCGCCGAGCGCACAGGCACCACACCAAAGACACUGAAGCACCGGAAAGCCCACCAGCAGACUACGGUAAUUUCCCCAGACCCCACAAGAAGUAUCCGCUCAUGUUUGAAGAUGAAGAGAACACAGACGCAGCUAAGCGCGCAACAGAAGAUCUGGACGAGCAGUACACCCCCCAGAGUCUAGCCAAUCUCAGAUCCAUCUUCGAUGAACUGGGGAGGAUGGCGGCAGCCCCCGGACAGAAGAGAGGUGUGUUCGGAGAUGAUGGAGAAGACGCUUUUAGUCAGGAUGUGGCUGGAGGAGAGGACUGGGUCCCCGUGGAGGAGAGGGAAGAGACUGAGGAGAUGGUGAACAGGAGCCACGAAGAGAUGGAUAGAGCGCUCAAUGAACAGGAGGAAUCAGAGCGGGAGGAGAUGCAACGCCGUGCCAACCAAAACCAAGAGGAUGCUGAUGAUGACACUAAACUCGUAGAUUACUACCUGUUGAAGGUCUUGGAGAUGAGCGAUCAGACGCAGAACAGGGAUCAGACCGGCGAUCAGAGGAAAAGGUUGAUCCGCCCCUCCAUCGUGGAUCCCCGGACAGUGAAGGAGCUGUUGGAGCUUUCCCUCAAGCUCCACGUUCCUCCUCAGGACCUUAUCGAUAUGGUGCUCACAGAGGAGCUCAGGAAGCUCCACCGCAACCCUCAAACCUUAACCCGCUACACGGCCGGACAGACCCCCAAGAUCAGGUACUUCAGCCGCAGGCUGCCGCUGAAGAGCAAGCCCGCCCCCGAUGACAUGGACAGAGAGGACUUUUUGGACAUAAUCGGGGUGGAGACCAUCAGCAACGAGUACCCCGUUGUGCAGAGACCUAUGAAGGUCCCCUCAUCCACAGACAGAAUCUCAGCAGCGACAAGCCGUGUUGCAGUUCCGGUUAAAACCUCACCCCCCUCCGGACGCCGGGAGAACCUGUUCUUGUCGGAGCUUAACAAGAUGCCCCUGAAGCGUCAGGCCGACGCCACCGAUGACGACGAUGAAGACGGCGACGUAGAAGACGAGGUGACAACCUACCUUGCGGCCAAAAUCCUUACCGAGUACCCAAACACCAUCACCAAACGGGAUACCCAGGCGCAGCAGAAGGGACAGUUCCCAUACGAGCUGUACGAGCGCGCCAUGAAAGACUACAUGGAUCAAGCGGACACUGAGACACGGCCAGUGGCCAAGAGGGAAACCGAGGAGCAAACGGAGGAGAAGGCGAACCCCGUAGAAGUGCAGGGAAAGGAGGAGGCGACGGACAAAACCUCUGCUCCGCAAACCGCGAACGAAGAGGAGGAGCGCCUUGAGAAAAAAGCUGCCGGGAUGUAAUCUGAUCCCCCCUGCAAGACGCAUUAUUAUGAAUAUGUAAUAUUUCUACUGUCUCAGAAAUAACGUUUGGUGGAUGUGAUCUAGUUUACACAUUUCUAUUAUAUUAAAUGAACUAUAGCUGGUAUUAAUAAUCACUAACUAAAAUUAUACAUAUAGUAACUUUAGAAGUAAAAUGUAAUUUUACCAAUGACUGUCCCUACUUGCUGCAAGAACAUCCUAGAAAUAUUCUACUCGCACCACAGGAAAUUAAAGGUGCAACUGGUGAGGCAAAAAUCUCAUCUGGAAAAUGUGAGCUCUCAGUAAGCCUAAUGAACAACUACAAUCAAAUCAGACAAAUUCAAGUCGUGUGAUGUUAAGUUUACAUUUUAUGGUAUUUGCAACAGCCCUACAGUUUAACCAACAGAGUAAAGGUUAAAAAAAGGCUUAUUUUUAUCGAUGUAGAACUAUUUAUUAACAUAUGUGAAUAUAAAUGUAAAUUAUUAGGUAUCAAUCUGAAUGGGCCUUUGAAAAAGUCAAGAUUUACUUGAAAGUAAUUAUUGUUCAUCAGGGCUGAAGGCAAGUGUUGUGACUCUUCACAGCUUCAGGGUCAGUGGAUUUUAUGUUAUCGAGUAAUUAUUUCUAAGUCUAAAUAUCAGACCGUCGCCUGCCUUCUAACCCUUUCAUACUGCAAAGCUCUGUGUCAUUGGCCUAACAGUGGUUGUGCUAUGUAUGCUCAUUUUUAAACCAUUUUGUACAUGUUCAACGUGUGACCGAUCACAGAUGAAUAAAGCAUCAGAUGUAUUAUUUUU